AUGGAUCCUCUUAGUAGAUCUCAUUUACGUCAAAACCCUUCACCUGUACAGAAUUCUCCUCAGGCUCAAAAAAUGAAAGUUGCCAAAUGUACAAGUGAAGCACUUGCUUUAACCAACUAUUUGCUUGUUUCUCCCAUUGACUUUCAUUCUUCUGUUCGUUACGUUAUAAUUGAUGGACAAUUCGUUUUCAGUAUAAGACUAGAAAAUAGUCAACCCUCUCGUCAAAUCGGAACUUCUAUGGCUCAUCGUCGGUGGGCUUCUCUUUCUCUUAACCAAGAAGUGACAGUUGCUCCGUUUGACCCAUACUCUGAUGGCCCUAAUAUUUUUUUAGGGAACUUAGAGCUUGAAGUUGGUUUCUUGAGAAAAACUCAAGAUUCAAAGGAACAAUUUGAUACUGAAGAGAUGUCAAAUAUAUUUUCUCAGCAACUAGUUUUUGAUUUUCAUGGAACAAAUCUUCACGUUGUUGCCAAAGGCGCUCAAGUAAUUGACCAAUCUUCAUUACAAAGAGAUCUAACGGGUGGUGAACCUCAACUUAAUCAAAUUCAAAUACCAGCCAACCGUGGUAUCUUAACACAACAAACGGUUAUUCAUUGGAUAAAAGCACCAGAUUCUUCAUUAAGAUUAAAAGGAUCAUCUAGAAGUACAACAGCCAUUAUACAACCUAAUUUUAAGUUUGAGGAUAUGGGAAUUGGUGGUUUGGAUUCAGAAUUUAGUGCUAUAUUUCGUCGUGCAUUUGCUUCUAGAAUUUUUCCUGCUAGUUUAGUAGAAAAAUUAGGAAUACAACAUGUUAAAGGUAUUCUUCUUUAUGGACCACCCGGAACAGGAAAAACAUUGAUGGCUAGACAAAUUGGCAAAAUGUUAAAUGCUCGAGAACCAAAAAUUGUCAAUGGUCCAGAAAUAUUGAAUAAAUAUGUGGGUCAAUCCGAAGAAAAUAUUCGUAAAUUGUUUGCUGAGGCAGAAAAAGAAUAUAAGGACAAAGGUGAAGAUUCUGGAUUACAUAUUAUAAUAUUUGAUGAAUUGGAUGCUAUAUGCCGUUUGGAAGUCCACAUGGAAAUUGGCUUACCGGAUGAACAAGGAAGAUUACAAAUAUUAAAAAUUCAUACUUCAAAGAUGAAAGUAAACGAUAUUUUGGAUAGUGAUAUUGAUCUUGAGGAAUUAGCUAGUUUGACCAAAAAUUUUAGUGGAGCAGAAAUCAAUGGACUUGUUAAGAGUGCCAGUUCAUUUGCAUUUAAUAGACAUGUUAAAGUAGGAACACUCGCAGGGGUGACACCAGAUGUUGAAAAUAUGAAAGUAAACAGAAAUGAUUUUCUAGCAGCUUUGGAUGAAGUACACCCAGCCUUUGGUGUCAGUGAAGAAGAUUUACAACAAUGUGUUCAAAAUCAAAUUAUUCCAUUUGCAUCACAUAUAGAAAGGAUAUUGUCAGACGGACAACUUUUCAUUGAACAAGUUAGGAAAAGUUCCAGAACUCCGCUUGUUAGUGUCCUGCUACAUGGACCUCCUAGUAGUGGUAAAACAGCAUUGGCGGCUACAAUGGCGAUGGCAUCAGAAUUUCCUUUUAUCAAAUUAAUUUCACCAGAAAGUAUGGUUGGAUAUUCAGAAUCAGCUAAAAUGACUGCAAUAAACAAGGUGUUUAAUGAUUCUUAUAAAUCACCAUUAAGCGUCAUAGUUGUGGACAACAUUGAAAGAUUGCUAGAUUGGGUACCUAUUGGGCCAAGAUUUUCUAAUUCUGUCUUACAAACAUUAUUGGUUUUACUCAAAAAAAGACCACCUAAAGAUCGACGUCUUUUAAUUUUAGCAACUACCAAUGAAAAGUCAGUUCUUCAACAAAUGGAUAUGUCAGAUUGUUUUAAUUCAGAAAUUGAAGUACCAAAUAUUAAUGAUUUGAAUUCAAUUGAAAUUGUACUCAAAGAAUUAGCAUUAUUCAAUAAUGAUGAAAGAGAACAAGCACUUGAAAUUCUUAGACAAAAUCAUCUUAUUAAAAUAAAUAUUGGUAUCAAAAAACUAUUAAUGAUAAUUGAAAUGAGUAGACAAGAUGUAGAUAAAGUGGAUAAAUUUGUUAGUACUAUCAUGGGAUUUUAA